CAAGAUGGCGGCUGGGGAUACCGGCCAGCCGACUUCAAGAUGGCCGCUAGUUCUGUCAGCCCCUCCCCUCGCUUUCCUCUUGGAGGCUUCAGAGCGAGCUCGGGUUUAGAGCCCUAUGAUGCGGCCGCGCCUGCGCAUUGGUUGAUCAGUGUGGCGGCUGCGCGGCGCCGCCGCUAUGCGGCUCCUCCUGUGGUGGUUUCUGUUGCUGGGGGUUUUGUUCCCUGAGACACUCGGCUUAGUUGAUGAGAAGAUCGAAGCCUGGAGGGCAAAACAACUUGUCGAAGGUCACAUAGCAAAGGAGAAUGAAGGCUCACUGUCUGAAAAUCACAGACACACUGAAACUGAAGUACCUCUUGGUCCAGAGGCUGUCUAUUUAAGUAAUGAACAACAUGAUCUUGGACAGACAGAACUGUACAACACUGGUGAAGCAGUUUAUGCAGCCCUGGGAAAUGAAGUGAAUGGUGAUCAUUUAAUGUCUGUGUUUCCAGAAGAGACAAAAGACAUGCAAAUUUCAGACCUCAAUGCUGGCAGUUGUGAUGCUGGAGUUGAAGGCUCUAAAUGCAAUAUCCAAGAGAGUCUUUUUUCUUUAACUACAUCUGGAACAAAUAUUCCUGAUAAGGGAGAAGAAUAUAAUUUGGUUCUUGAAGCUGUGCCCACAAGCCCAUCAUCUAAAGAAGACUCUAAUAGUACAGACAAUGUAAAGACUCCAAAGGUGAAUUGUGAGGAGAGAAAUGUUACUGGCUUAGAAAGUUUCACUUUACAAAUUCUAAAUGUUUCACAGGACCUGAUGGAGUUUUUAAACCCAAACAGUAGUGAUUGUACAUUAGUCUUAUUUUAUACUCCUUGGUGUCGCUUCUCUGCCAGUCUGGCCCCACAUUUUAAUUCUUUACCACGAGCAUUUCCGUCUCUUCAUUUUUUGGCAUUGGAUGCUUCUCAGCACAGCAGUCUGUCUACCCGGUUUGGUACUGUGGCUGUUCCCAACAUCUUGCUAUUUCAAGGAGCUAAACCAAUGGCGAGAUUUAAUCAUACAGAUCGGACUCUGGAAACUCUAAAAGCCUUCAUUUUUAAUCAGACAGGGAUAGAAGCCAGAAAUGAUGUGGUAGUGACUGAAGAUGACCAAAUAGGCCCUCUUCCCAGCACCUUGGUGAAAAGUGUGGAUUGGUUGCUUGUAUUUUCUUUAUUCUUUUUAAUUAGUUUUAUUAUGUAUGCUACUGUUCGGACUGAAAGUAUUCGAUGGCUCAUUCCAGGACAAGAACAUGAACAUCCUGAGUAAUAAUAGGCUGGAAGGUGAAAUUGGAAAGAUUAAUUUCAAUCUUUGUCUUCAGAAACCUGUAUUGUUUUCCCCAGAGAUAUAGUAUAUUUUAACUUAGGUUAAAAUAAUUUUGCAUUUGAGCUACUGAAUGUGCAGAAAAAAUCAUACACUAGUGUUGUAUAUGAGUGUUUCAAUAAAUAUGAAAGAUUCAGAAAAUGUAUUAUUAUUUUCAGUGCUUGCACUUAAAAUUUCAAAGAACUGUUUUAAAAUGUGAAAAAUGUAUGUAUGCAGAUUCAAAUGAGUACAGUGUUUGAUAAACACAAAGAUUCCAGCUAUUGGGGCAAGAACUCACUACUUGGCAAAAAUAUUGGGAAAACUGGAAAAUUCUCUGGCAGAAGUGAGUCAUAGACUGAUAUAUCAUACUGUAUCAAAGUAAGCUCAAAAUGGUCAUGAUAUAGAUAUAUCAGAAGAAAUGGAUUAUGGAAGAAAUUACCUGUCAGAUCUGUGUAUAGGGGAAGAUUUUAUGACCAAAGAAGAGGUAGAGGGUUUCAAGGAACUCAUAGGAGGUAAAAUGCAUAAUUUUGAUUACAUAAAAUUAAAAAGAUUUUGCACAAACAAAACAAAUGUUGUAAAAAUUAUAAGCAAAGCAUCUUGGUAGCAAGUUUCUCUCAUAAAGAUCUCAUUUCUAAAAUAUGUAAGGAACUGAGCCAAAUUUGUUAGAAUUAAAGCCAUUCCCCAUUGACAAAUUAUUAAAGUAUAUAAAUAGGCAAUGUUCAGAGGGAAGAAAUCCAAGUUAUCAGUAACCAUAUGAAAAAACUAAUAGAGAAAUGCAAAUUAAAACAGUUCUGAUGUUACCAUCUCAUACCCAUCAGAUUGGCUAAGGUGAUAGAAAAGGAAAAUUACAAAUGUUGGAGGGGAUGUGGGAAAACAGACACUAGUAUACUGCUGGUGGAGCUGCAAAUUAAUCCAACCAUUCAAUUUUUUUUUAAACCUUUACCUUCUUUCUGUCUUAGAAUAAAUACUGUGUAUUGGCUCCAGGGCAGAAGAGUGGUAAGCGCUAGGCAAUGGGGGUUAUGUGACUUACCCAGGGACAUAGCUAGGAAGUGUCUGAGGCCAGAUUUGAAUCUAGGACCGCCUGUCUCCAGGCCUGGCUCUCAAUCUACUGUACCACCCAGCUGGCCUCCCCACCCCCCCAAACUAUUCUUGAAAAUAAUUUGGAAUGAUUUCUCAAAGCUCUCAAAACCAAAUAGAUCAAAGAAAAAGGAAAAGGAUCCACAUGUUUAUAGUAGCUCCCUUUGUGGUGACAAGGAUUUGGAAACUCAGGGAUGCCCAUCAAUUGGAGAAUGGCUAAACAUAUUAUGGUAUAUGAAUGUGAUGGAGUACUAUUAUGCUGUAAAAAAAUGAAAGGGUUGAGAGGGGGUGGUUUAAAAACAACCCCGAGAUUUGUUUAAACUGGUACAAAGGUUAAGUGAGCAGAUCCAAGAGAACAAUUUAUACAGUAAUAGCAAUAUUGUAAAAAUAAAAAACUUUGAAAGACUUAGCAACUCUGACAAUGGCCAAUCAUACAAUGCCAUAGAAUUCAUGAUAAAACAUGCAAUCUGCCUCCAAAUAGACAAGUGAUGGACUCAAGAGUACAAAAUUGAAGCAAACUUUUUAAAAAAAAUAUAACUAAUGUGGAAAUUUGUUUUGCAUGAUUACAUGACUAAAUAUUUGUAAUGGGUAUUACAUGACUAAAUAUUUGUAAUGGGUUUUAUUUUUCUUCUCAAUAUAUAGGGAAGGAAGGAGGGAGAAAAUUCAGAACUGAAAAUAAAGGUGAAUUGAAAAAAAUUUGAAACAAAUGAGUUAAUGAAAAAAUUCCUAAUGUCUGUCUUUUUUUAAACCCUUACCCUCUUUUCUUAAAAGCAAUACUUGGUAUUGUUUCUAAGGCAGAAGAGUGGUAAGGGCUAAACAAUUGAGGUUAAGUGACUUGCCCAGAAUCACACAGCUGGGAAGUGUCUGAAGCUAAAUUUGAACUGAGGGCCUCCAAUCUCCAGCCCUGGCUUUUUCUACUAAGCCACCUAGCUAGCUACUCUGACAAUGUAUUUUACUGGUAAAAAUUCUAUGGCAUGGUUUAAGAAAAUUUAUGAUUCUAAGAAUUUAGAUUUUCUGUCCUUUUAAUUUCUCUUUUAAAACAAUUUCAAAGUCCACAAUUGGAGAGCUUUUUUUUUUUAAUGAUAGAAUUUACCAGGGUUGGAAACCUAAUUGUAAUUUCCCAAGUAGCAUUGUAUUGUUUCAUGUCUUUCCUUCGGGAACAAUAAAGAGUUAAUUAUGUCCUGA